AUGUCAGACAACAAACUGGACCAUAUUAAUCCAAAGGCUUUUAAUAAAACUCCCAACAUAAAAAGACUAUUAUUACAGAGUUGUGGUUUGCCAGAAAUCCCCACCGAAGCUCUUAAACCGUUAACAAAACUUCACACUUUACAGGUGGGCGGCAACGAGAUCUGGCGAGUGGACGACGACGCUUUCGAGACGGCACCGCAGCUGCGCAGCCUGCGCCUCGACGGCAACCGGCUGCGCGUCGUCCCCGCAGAGGCAUUGACCGCACUUAAGCAUCUCGAGGUCCUAAACAUUGGUAAUAAUUUAAUAACUUCCUUAUCAGCUGAAGCUUUUCCACCUAUGGACAGCCUUGUGGUGCUUUUAAUGAAAAGAAAUCAAAUCAACGAAAUAUCCGAAGAUGCCUUCGCUAACCUCACAUCAUUGAAGGUUCUCGAACUGGAUGACAAUUUCCUUAGUCAAAUUCCAACUGCUAUCACAAAGCUGCCAGGCCUACAGGAAUUAUCCAUAUCGGGCAACCGCAUCAAGUAUAUCACUGGCGGCCUGCUGCAGAAGACCCCCGCGCUGGCCCUGCUGGAGCUCAAGGGGAACCCGCUGAUCGGAGUGGAUGCCCACGCGUUCUCCUUCCUGCCACGCCUGCGAAAGCUGAUCCUGUCGGAUGCCAGGGAACUGUCCACGUUUCCAAACCUAAAUGGUACUGCGGCUCUAGAAAUAUUGAGAUUAGACAGAGCGGGGAUAUCUUCGGUCCCAACGUCUUUAUGCACGACUUGCCCCAGGCUGAAAAGUUUAGACAUCAAAUCGAAUAAGCUGAAAGUCGUUCCAGACCUAAAUAACUGCCGUGAAAUGAGGGUGUUAGAUUUGGCCAGCAAUUAUAUAAAAUCUAUCGAGGACAAGCCCUUCCGGGGAAUGUACCAGAUCCAUGACUUACUGUUGGCCCACAAUCAGAUCCAAUACAUUCCACAAGACGCCUUUUAUAACCUGUCAAAGUUGCAAGUCCUAGAUUUAGAAGAUAAUCAAAUUUCUUUCAUCCACCCUGAUGCUUUUAUGCCAGUAUCUAAAAUCGAGGAUUUAAAUCUAGGCAACAAUGUAUUUCCGCACCUGCCAUCAGCUGGGCUUGAAAGGUUGUUGCACUUGAAAACCUUCAACAACCCCAACCUACGAGAAUUUCCACCCCCAGAAGAUUUUCCAAGAAUACAGACAUUAGUUUUAGCUUACGCUUAUCAUUGUUGCGCUUUUUUACCCCUAAUUCCAUCUAACCCACCUCCGAGAGCAAAGGAUAUAAUCGUCUUUCCAGAUAUUGAAGACAUCGAUAUGAAUUUCUGGAAUAGUUCGGUAGACAUUUGGCCAUCACAGCAAAACAUCAGUCACAAAUUUGGUAAGAAGUUCGAAGCCAUAUGGGAAAAUAUUCGAUCUGAUUUCACGUAUCCAGGAAAUUUUCCCUCCUACAUGGAAGAGUACGCCGCUGAAGACGAUUCAAACCUACGCCUUCCUGGAGAAGGUUCCACAGGAGCUCCUGGAAAAAUCCAAUGCUUGCCUUUACCGGGGCCGUUUCUGCCUUGCCAAGAUUUAUUUGACUGGUGGACAUUGCGCUGUGGAGUAUGGAUAGUGUUUUUAUGCGCGAUGCUGGGCAACGGUAUCGUCGUGUUCGUUUUGAUUUUUUCACGUAGCAAAAUGGACGUGCCUCGGUUCCUUGUUUGCAACUUGGCAGCUGCGGAUUUCUUCAUGGGUAUCUAUUUAGGUUUUUUAGCAGUUGUCGAUGCGUCCACUUUAGGCGAAUUUCGCAUGUACGCCAUCCCGUGGCAAAUGUCAGUUGGUUGCCAGCUAGCUGGCUUCCUAGGAGUCCUCAGUUCAGAACUGUCCGUGUGGACCCUGGCAGUGAUUACGCUUGAAAGAAACUACGCCAUAACUCAUGCCAUGCAUCUCAACAAAAGACUGUCGUUAAAACACGCGGGAUACAUCAUGAUUUGCGGAUGGAGUUUCGCCGUCGUGAUGGGUAUAAUGCCCAUAUUUAACAUUUCGGACUACAGGAAGUUCGCGGUGUGUCUCCCGUUCGAAACCAACGAUGUAGCGAGCCUAACCUAUGUCGUUUUCCUUAUGUUCGUAAACGGUGUCGCCUUUCUAAUACUCAUGGGAUGCUACUUGAAAAUGUACUGUGCUAUCCGCGGUUCUCAGGCCUGGAAUUCAAAUGACUCCCGUAUAGCCAAACGCAUGGCCCUUUUAGUAUUCACAGAUUUCUUGUGUUGGUCGCCUAUAGCGUUCUUUUCAUUAACAGCAGCAUUUGGACUGCAACUUAUAUCUCUCGAACAAGCCAAAGUUUUCACGGUGUUCAUACUACCGUUAAACUCCUGCUGUAAUCCGUUCCUAUACGCAAUCCUCACUAAACAAUUCAAAAAAGACUGCGUGAUGAUCUGCAAAGCUAUAGAAGAGAGCAGAGUCACUCGAGGUAUCGGAAGGUGUAGACACAGUUCUAACUUUAGUAAUAGGCAAACCCCCGCUAACACGAAUAGUUUAGCAGAUAGGUCGUCCAGGGAGAAACAGGACCAUCACGCACCACAGUGCACGUGUAACGUCAAGCUGCUGAAUGACAAUCAGAAUCAGAGCCAGAAGAGAACUGAUAGGAAGACCAGGACGAGGGAAUGGCUCCUGAGCAAGGCUCGAUGGCUUCUGUGCGUUCGAAGACCUGCAAGGCAUCGGCCUAGGAAUGACCAGUACACGUACCAAAUCGCCGAGAUCCAACAAAAACAACAUAAGAGGGCGUCAUCCGUGUCAUCAAGUGAAAAUUUUAGUUCCUCGAGAUCAGAUUCCUGGCGCCACAACCACCAUUGUGGCAUACCUCUGCGCCUCCUGGACCCCAAACGGCGGGCGUCGUCCUGGUUGGUCACCAGGAAAACCUCCCAGGACUCUAACCUCUCAAGCUCGAGGAACGAUUCUUCUGGUUCGGCGACGACAGCCAGCACAAGCACGUGGAGGAUGUCCCGUUCCAGCGGUUCCAGUGAGCCAACGCGCGGAAGGACAAAGCCUCGUCUGACGCGACAAUGUGCCAUUCAGGACGAAUGUGAUCCACCAGGUUCACCAGGGAGGCUUACAGUCAGAUUCCUCACAACCAUUCCCUCAGCUGCUGAGAAUAGCAUGCAGUUGGAAGACGAGCAACCAUCCAUACUGGUUAGUCCCACCAAAGAGCGAGAAGGACCCUUGUAUGCCAUCCUUCAUUCUACGCCGAUGACGCCGGUGCGUAGGCAGUCUAUCGUAACUCUUCACCCUGUAGAAAGCACUAAAGUAUCUCCUAAUUCUUCUAGUCAGGCCAAUAAUAUGGCAGACGCUGGUCCCUCUAGAUAAUAAUUAAUUCUUUAGGGAUAAGCUGUACCAAAACUGUAAUUUGUGCUCCAGGAUGUGCCAGGUUUUCUGUUUCGUUCUAAGUUAUUUAUUUAUUUAUUUAUUGUAGUCUAGGCGAUGCGUGUUUUUGUAUUGAGUGAGUAUGAGUAGUGUUUUUAGAGAAAUACUUCGUGUGCACCAUUCCUCAGCCAACUCCAAUUAUUAUAACCAAGUUUUUUUCAGAUGUGUUAAUUUCGAAAUUUUUUUCAUAUUAAAUCUAGUUGGCAUCCCGACUGAAGCCAUUUGUGACACUAUUUUAAGACAUUCCUGGAGUACAGUGUAACCAAAUCAUAUAAGUAUUUAUUAAGCCGUUACUCAUAGGGAAAGUUUUUUAAUAUUAUUUAUUUGUAUAUAUCUAUUUUAUUAAAUAAGACAGAUUGCGUGAUAUGUUUAGCUGUAAGCGAAGAAAGUAAUAAAAAUAAGGUGAUAAUUUUUAAAGUAAAAUAUAUUGUAUAUGAACAUAAAAUGUUAUUUACA